AUGGAUAAAUAUAUCUACACCUUGGAGGGUCAAGUUCUCCUCCACAAGACCGAGGCUCGCCACCUGCGCGAGGCCGUGACUUUGAUGCAAGACGAGAACCAGCGUCUCAAGGAUGAACUUGAGGUAGUCCGUCGUCAGUUGGAAGCGGCGACCAUGUCCACCAGCAGCAUUAACCCCGCAACCAUUGCGACAACAAGUACCGACCCAACUCUGGCUCCUGAACCUUCGACGCCUCUAUCCAAGGAGAACCAGAGCCUCUUGACGUCGAUCAUGAACCGCAAUGUCACCGCAGCUAUGAACCCCAAUGCCAAGAGCAACAUCACGCUCUCCAUGGCUAGACCCCAAUCACCCAUCCUGACACCCAACUUGCACAAGGAUGUACCCAACUCUUCGUCGGGCAGCGCCAGCCAGAGCUCAUGGAAGGACAAGAACCCCAUCAUGGUUCACCGAACCCUGAUCCCCGAGAUUUGCUUUGGCGAUGAGUUUCAAUUUGACAACAAGCCCUCAGGUGCCCUCGAUGCCGACACGAUGGACCGCCCCUGGAUGACCUUUGAUCUCAAGCCUGUAGAGCCCCGGUUGUCUGGUGCCUCUUCCUUCACCGUCUCGGAGUUGGUGUUGGAGUUGAUGCAGACGUUCACAUACAUGUCUGCCAACCUGCCAUCAAUGACUGUUGCUGCCGUAAAAGAGUCUGCUGUCGAGGCUAAUACUGAUGCCAAGGCUGAUGCUGUGGCUGAUCUGGACUGGGAGUUGCAGCAGAAUCUUUGGGCGUUGACCCAGGUUGAUGAUAUGACAGAGGAUCAGAUCCAGUUGGUUUACGAUCUUGUCCAUUGCCAGACCUCGAGCAGUCGGCCGUUGUCACCUGCACAGGAGGAUCCCAACAUGCUCGAGUGGUUGUACGAAUCCAUGAUGGCCCGUCUUGUUGACUUGGACCUUCAAGGAUCCCAGGACAACACCCUCCCCGAGUCACACAUGGCUUGA